CUCUAAUAUUCAACCCGCAAAUACACAUACAAUAAAUAAAAUUUCACAUGGAUAUGGUAGUCAUCCCCACUUCCCCCACCAAUUUGCAACAUGUGGUAUUGAUAACAUCUUCAAAACCUUGUAAAACAAAAAACUAGCCAUACAUUUAGCUUACAUCCAUAUUUCAUUCAUUUUUCUUUAUUUCAUUAUAACUAUUACUCUUAAAAAUCAUAAGAUAAUCACAAACACAAAACUAGUACAGCCCAUUCAAAAAUGAAUUACCAUCAAAAUUUCUUCCUUAAACCUCAAAAUCCAUGUACAAACAUAAUUCAUCAUCUACCCUUUACAUAUUCAUUUUCACAAGCUAAAGUACAUAAAACCAAUCAUAUACAAGCAUCAUCUUCUUCAUCACCAUCACCAUACCCUGUAUAUGUCGCUCAUAGAAGCUAUAAUCAGGAUUCGUGCAGAGUUGGAAGACGGCAGACCAGACUCUUCUCGAAAGAGAAAAGGAGGUUGCAAAGAAUGAUACCAUCGGCCCGAGAAACCCAUGAAAAUACAGCUUCCAUUACCAAAGAAACUCAAGAAUUAAAAUCAUUAAGUUCUUAUAAGAUUGAGUUUAAGACCUUGGGAGAUUGCAAACUUGGUAUUGGAAGAUACCCAGAUUUUGAGUAUGAUGCUAAGGGUGGUUUUGGAACAGGAAUUGGUAAAUAUGAUGAUGACUUAAACGGAAAAAUUAUGGUUAAUUUUGAUGUUGAUAAGCUUUAUGUGCCACCAUUAACAAGUGGCACAACUAAGUUUCUAGGGUUGCCUUUACCUCCAUUUUUGAGAAUUGAUAUUGUGCCGGAUAUGUUUAGUGGAAGCAUUGAUAAAGAGACUGGCAAGAUUGAUCUUGAAUUCAAGGCCAACUUUUGGUUCUCAAUGGGGACUAUAUACAAAGCACCACCAUUACUAGUUUCAACAAUGUUGACCUCUGAAGAAUCACAAGGGAAAUUGAGAAAAGGCAGAGGAAAAAGGCUUGAGAAAGAUGGCAAAUGCAAGCUAGUAGGAGUGGCAACAGUGGAUCCCAUUGAUGAUACCUUCAUGAAUACCUUCCUUAGCCUUCCUACUGAAUGUCUUGCUAUUUUGAAUGCCACAAUCUCCUUAUCAUAAAUCAACAAUUGUAUAGUACUCCAUGAGUGUUUAUUUAUUAUAUCAACCUCAUGAUAUAUUUUGCAGGUCAUUCUCGAGCCGAAAGUCUAGCUGCAACCUCUUUUUCUCUUUUGAUAAGUGUAUAGUUUGGCUCUUUUUAUCCCUCCUCAGGUCUGAGUAUAGCUGCUAAAGGCAAGAUACUCCAAAUAUGAUGAUGAUUCAAAUAAAAUUGGCAUAAACAACAACAUAAUCCGAGCACUAGAUUAUGACACUGUAUAAUAUGAUAUCACGAGAUUUGCUAAUAUCCUCUCAACAAACAGUUAAUAAAAAAGAAAA